ACGAUUCUGACGCUGACAGAGAAAUUAAUUUUUCAACGACAGAAUUUAGCAAAGACACUAAACUAAUUAUAACUGGCUCGAACGCUGUUACUGCUCGUAUUCUGGAAACGAUAACAUCGUUCAGUUAUCAAAAAUCAAUAGCGACAAGUGCCGAGAAAGAAAGAACGGCGGAAUCAAUUACCCCUAUUAUAUUUAGCACCACGCAGACUAAUGUCGUGAAAAAGCAUGGUAUUGAGAAAAUGCGUAAGAAAGAUGACUUCCCUGUAUCGUACGAUUAUGAAGUCAGCGACUUUAACUUAGGGAAAUCUAAGAAUGUAAAUAGUCGGGAAAUUUUUUACGUAAAACCUACCAACGAGCAAAGUCACGUUUAUUCAGAUAAAAUUUCUACUAACCCGACCGAAAGUUUUAAUCAAAGUCCUCCGAAUAAUCGGACUGGCGGUGUAUCCCAAGUCUUUGAAGAGGUUCCAUGGAAUUUCAUGAAUUCUACUGUUUCCUCUAAUAAGAUUAAAAAGCCUUCGAUCUAUAAAAAUACUCCGCUUGGCAGUGAGUUUUGGAAAUACACGAUAAUUUCAGCAAAAGUUUCUACGGUUACUGCAGAUCCGACGUUAACGUCGCAGACAAAAGGGACGGGAAGGUACAAAGGAAAUUUGAUAAAAUCUAAAAAACGCGGGAGCUCGAACACCGAUAUUGAAAAAAUGUUUAGGUGGUUUUUUACUUUCGGUCACUCAAGUAAAAACAAUUCGGUUAAUCGAGGCGUCUACAUCGAAUGCAAAGGAAAGAGUGACAACGGCAAAGAGUAACCUCGCCAAACGAUAUUUUUCAUCUGCGAGGUAUUAGAAUAAAUUUGCAUAUGCGUAUCUUUUAAAAGGCAAAAGUUUGGAUGGUUUUGAAUCGACGAUAAUAAAAUUGUUUGACUUUCA